UAUUUUUUGUCGCGGAUCAAGAUUUAUUUCGAGAGCUCGUGAAUAAGUCCCGCAUCGAUACAAUGACAAAGUGAGGAAAAAAAUUGAGACUUGACGUCGAUUCCCACUCUGCUCUGCAUAUGCGUGCAGAUGAAUUGCAGCGUAUUAUCGUUUUAUACCAUCCACUCGCGUUUUUUACUCAGUUAAUGAUUGUUAUUUUGAAUUUUGUUUAGUAUAUAAAAUGUCCAUCACAUGAUCGUCGAGUUCGAGGUCCAGAUUGUAUCAAUUGGAAUCGUUUUUUAUUAGACUAUGCAAUGCGCGGGAAAGAGAUAGUCUUAUUCAUCCUGAAGCCCUGAUCGCACGCUGUGCGUAUAUAUGUGUUUGCGAACGUGCGUUUAUAUGCAACAAGAGACUGUAAUUGAGAAUGCCGAUGGUGCAGUGAACUUUCUUUUCAAUGAGAGUAUUUUUAUACAUGCGUUUGUUGCAGGAAUGAGACUGGUGUAACGAGUCGCCAACAACAAAGUCACAUAAUGCAGAGAUUCAUCACUAAUCUUACUUCAUCUUUCAAUAAACCCAUGUUUUAUGGGGGUAUGAAACAAUUAUAUAAUGCACAACAAGUAGCCAAAUUGACAUCCAUUGAAUUAAAUAAACAUCCUCUGCCGAAACAACCUGUACCUGAUUUAGAAAAAACAGUUCACUUAUAUUUAAAAUCAGUGCAACCUUUGUUGACAAUUGAAGAGUUGAAAAAUACUGAAAGAGUUCUUCAUGAUUUUGUUAAAGAUGGAGGAAUAGGCAAGAAAUUGUAUAUGAAAUUGCAACAAAGAUAUGAGCAAACCGAUAAUUGGAUGAGCGAGUGGUGGCUACAAAGUGCUUAUUUAGGAUAUAGAUAUCCAGUAAUAGUCCACUCUAGUCCUGGUACAGUAGGACCUCCUCAAGAAUUCAAAUCUCCAAAAGAUUUUUACAGAUAUGCUGCUCACCUAAUUGGUGGUGUACGUAAAUAUAAUGAUAUGAUAAAAAGUUGUGACAUUAAGCAAGAAAUGAUCCGUGAUGCACCUUUGGACAUGAGGCCUUAUGCUUUAAUUUUAGGGUCUCAUAGACAGCCUAACAAAGAUGUUGAUAGACUAAUUCAUAUUGAUACGUCUGAACAUAUAAUUGUCUUGAGCAAUAAUCAUUUUUUCAAACUUUCUUUGACAUCUGAAGUAAAUGAAGAACAACUUAUUGCCUCCAUUGAAGAUAUUGCACAAAGAUCAAAAUUACCUGGAAAACCAAUAGGCAUUUUAACAGGAAAUGAUAGAGAUAUAUGGGUAGAAGAUCACAAUAAAUUAAAAAGUAUUGGAAAAAAUGAAGAAAUUUUAAAAAAUUUGGAGACUGCUUUAUUUGUAUUAUGUUUGGAUAAAGAAUUACCAAAAUCUGCAUUUUCUAAUAAAAAUAAUUCAUCUGUUCGAGGAAUUCAAAGCUUGACUGGUUACAGUUCUUCAACUAAUGCGGGAAAUAGAUGGCAUGAUAAAAUUGUUCAAUAUAUACUUUCUUAUGAUGGGUUUGUUGGUCUUCAAUAUGAACACAGUCCAUGCGAAGCUCUUCCAAUCACAGUGUUGCAUGAUUAUGUUUUGAAUCAUGUAAAUAAAAAACUUAAAGAAACAGUAAAAGCUCCUAGUGACUUUCAAAAAGCUGAACAUUUACAGUUUGAAGUAGAUCAAUCAUUAGAAAAUGCUAUUGAAAAAGCCUCUCUUUCUGUAGAUAGGUUGUCUCAAGACAUAGAUUUAGAAUGCUUUCAAUUUGAUAUAUUUGGAUCAAACAAAAUUAAACAAUGCAAAAUGAGUCCUGAUAGCUUUAUACAAAUUGCCAUGCAAGUAACUUACUAUCAAAUACAUAACCAGCCACCAGCUCAUUAUGAAUCAGCUGCCUUAAGACGAUUCAAAAAUGCAAGAACAGAGUGUAUCAGAUCAACUUCUAAUGAGUCAGUUGAAUUUGCCAAAUUGAUGUCAAAUGAAAAAGAAUUUGAUGAGACUCUCAAAUUAGCCAUGAUUCGCGCUGUCAAUGCUCAUAAAAAACUUGCUACAGAGGCUUCUAUGGGUGAAGGAGUAGAUAGAUUAUUUUUUGGACUCAAAAUGAUAGCUAAAGAGGAACAGAUAAAGCUACCUGAAUUUUUCUCCGAUAUUAGCUAUACAAAAAGUACAUCUUUUACUCUCACCUCCAGUCAAGUAGCAUAUAAAACUGCUUCUUUCAUGUGUUAUGGUCCUGUAGUUCCUAACGGUUAUGGAUGCUGUUAUAAUCCCAGAUCUGAUGACAUAUUCUUUGCAUGUUCUUCAUUCAAAGGAUGUCCUGAAACAUCUACUCAAAGAUUUGCUGACACCUUAAAACAAUCAUUGAUAAGAAUGAUAAAACUCGCAGACGCUUAAAGUGGUAUUUUUU